AGAGGCUUAUGUAGCUCAAAAAUUUAUUAUAUAUUUUAUAUAAGUUAAUGAAUUUGCAUUAAACAUUUAAAUACAUAAAUACUGUAAAGCAAAAACGAUUUCGAGGCCAUAACAAUAACAACACUUACCGCCACUUCCAACAGUUGUGUGUUAUAUUUAUUCCUUUGUAAUUGUGUUUAUUUAUAAAAAGACUGGUUUUCCAUAUAUUUUUUUUUUUUGUAAAACUUAUAUAGAAAUAUAAAAUUACGAUUAAUGAAAACAAAAUAAAAAAUCCCUUAGAAUAGUGUUCCAUAGUAAAAAUACGGGAAAUCUACUGUUCGCUGCAACUCAAGAUACGACGUAGCUAGAGAUGACACCAAGUCUCUGUUUUAAACUAUCGUGUUUUUUCCUUGUAGCGGCUGUGCUAGCGUCUACUGUGGAAGCUAAACGCAUUUAUAGUAGCGGAGGUAGUCGACGUUCAUCAAGUUCAUCUUAUUCGAACGUUAGGCGUACGUCAUACAAUAAGCCUAAUAAUGGCGGUAGCAGUUAUUCGCAUUCGAAUCCCUCACUUUCGCAUUCCGGUUUGACUUCCUUAAGUUACUCCGGUUAUAAUGCGCAACCCAAACGUCCCAGUAGCACAAACACAUUAACCGCUACGCGAAAUACGCAAAAUCAUGCAGCUCGUCCAACAGUUUCGCCUAUAGGUUGGAAUGUACCACCAAAGUCACAAGGUCCACCACCGGCUUAUUCACCCACAAAUCCAAUAGGCGGAGCCAAGACGAAUAUACAUGAACCCGCACCAAGUUAUAAGCCGAAUAAUGCUGCUCCGCCAAGCUAUUCGCAGGCAACGAAUCGUCAACCACCAGCGACAGCUACUCAUUAUAAUAGUCAACAAUCUAGCCCUAAUUACAAUCGUAAUCGUUUUAACUCAACAGGAGGUGGCUUUGGAAGUGGCGUUCAUACGCCCAUUACGGCAACGAAUGCUCAUAAUGUGCAAUCGAGUUACCCAAGACAACAAAUGCCCACGAAUGCUAACUACUAUCCAUCUGCCUCAGGCUUACCCGCUGGAGCCACUUACCACUCUCCGGCAUCCUUGCCACCAGGUGCUACCUAUCAUCCGGCGGGCUCUCUGCCACCAGGGGCCACUUAUCAUCCGGCGGGGUCUUUGCCAGUAGGGGCAACUUAUCAUGCGCCCGGAUCUUUACCACCAGGAGCUACAUAUCAUCCGUCAGGGGGAUUACCCGCCGGUGCCACAUAUCACGCUCCUGGAGCUAUGCCGCCGGGUGCAACAUAUUAUCCUGCGGCUCCCGCCCCAGCAUAUUACCCAGCACCGGCCGCCUUACCAGCGGGAGCAACUUUCUUGCCAAGUGGAUCAUCGUUGCCGGCAGGAGCCACAUUUGUAUCUCAGCCUCCCAAAUCCUCAUCCGGUCUAGGUUUUGGAUCUGGUUUGCUGGCUGGUGGUUUAGCUGGUGGUCUUCUCGGUCACGCGUUAACACCCACACACACCAGAGUAGUAGAGCACACACCAAUGAUGAGUGGUGGUUAUGGUAGCGGUGGUAGUGGCGGCAAUAAUAACGGCGAAGAUAGAAUUAUAAUCAUCAAUAACGGUCCACCAGGUUCGGUAACGACUACAAAUGCCGGUCCAGGCACUACAGUCAUCAAUACAGGUGCUUCUCAACUCCCAGCUGCAGAGGCUCCAUCACAGCCAGCUGCCUCCCCACCGAUCACUAGUGCUCCGCCGGCAGAAAUAGCCAGCGCGGCUUUGGCUCCUUUAAACCCAACACACGCGGAAACCUCGAACGCUGCUAGUGCGACUGGCGCAGAAAUGGCAGGUAGUGAAGUUGCGAGAAACGGUCCUAUUUCAACAAACCCUACCGUUUCCCAGAAUCCUAUGGAAACUCCAGCAGCUCCAGCUGAACAGCCGCCGACUGGAGGUAUUAUCUGUGUACCUAUUAAAGUACCCGAGCCGGAUCCAAACGAUAGCAGUAAAACAAUCGAAGUAGAAAAAAUUGUAUGUUACCCAGCUCCACCACCCGAAGAGACGACAACAGUAAGAGAAAUUUUCUCUAGCGCAGCAUCAACCGCUGCUGAUAACUUAUCAUCCACUUCUUCAUCCACUUCAUCAUCCACUUCAUCAGCUACUUCAUCAUCCGGCGCUGAGGAGCUAGUAACUCAAUCUGCUACUGCUUUGGAACAGAAUGUACCCUUGGCUCCUCUACAAAGCACGUCGUUUACUGUUCCUGAGGGUUCAGUAGCCUUGGCACCUUUAAAUCCUGGUGAUCCACCUCAUAUUAUGAAAAUUCCCGCUGCAUCUCGCCCAAUGGCUUUCAUAGCUGAAAGCGCAAACAUCAUGGUAGCCAGCGGUUCAAAUUAUCCCUCACUUAGCUUUGGAUUGAUGUCGGUGCUUUAUAUAUUGAUCGCCUAUUGUUGCACUUAAGAAACAGGAAUUCAUAAAUAAGAAAUCGAAAAUCAUAAUUGUUUGUAAAUAUGAAAUUUUUUAUUACUUUAUAAUA